GACAAGGGGAACGUACUGCUCUAAAUGUAUUUACGUUUUGCAGCGUCUUAAAUAGUAACGACGCUCUCAGUAUUUACAUUUGACCUUUUUUAUUGAAUAAUGAUUUUUGUAAUUGAAACUGCGAUAAUUUAGCACGUGCAUAUUGCAGUCCUCUUAUAGAUUGUUUUCAAAUUACAGUAAACUGUCCUAGACCUGAUCCCAUCGGCAUGUCCAGUUAAAGAACUAGUUACAGACAGAUGGCAAACCAUACGUGUACCUCUCUGCAGGUGGAAUGGCAGAUGAGGGGAUGAGAGAGCCAGCUGGUCUGGAUAGACUGCCACCAAUGUACAGCAUUCUGAAGGGAGAGGUAGUUUCUGUUACAACAUAUGGUGCUUUUGUUAAGAUUCCAGGAUACAAAAAACAAGGUCUGGUUCAUAAGAGUGAGAUGUCAUCCUGUCGGGUGGAUAACCCAGCUGAAAUUGUUGAUGUAGGGGAACAAGUGUGGAUAAAAGUCAUUGGCAGAGAGAUGAAAGAUGAUAAAGUAAAACUGUCAUUCUCUAUGAAAUCUGUCAAUCAAGGCACUGGGCGGGACCUAGACCCCAACAAUGUUAUAGCAGAACAGGACGAACGUCGCCGGAGACAGUUUAGAGAUCAUACUGGGCAGAAGAUCACGCUGGAGGCUGUGCUCAACACCACAUGCAAAAAGUGUGGCUGCAGAGGUCACUUUGCAAAGGACUGCUUCUCCCAGCCUGGACUGCAGUACAGUUUAGUGCCAGAAGAAGAAGAGGAGGAGCAGCAGCCGCCACAGACCAGUCAGCAAACCCAAUCAGAGCCCCAGAAACGUAAAAAGGAAAAGAAGGCAAAGAAAGAAAAGAAGAAAGAGAAGAAAAGAGACAGCUCUUCAUCCGAUAGCAGCGAUGAAGAUGCCAAACGGCCACGGCAUUCACACACACAUUCAGAAAAGAAGAAAAAACACAAGAAGCACAAACAUAAGACAAAGUGAUUCUUUUGGUUUGCAAAACAGUUGCGAUAUGCAAGUACUAGCUUGUGCAAGAACUGUUUUUUUUGCAUCAAUAUCAAGAUUAAAUGUAUCUGAUCAUUAAUAUUACAAGUUUGACCAUUAAAAGUGACUGGAUUCAUGUGUGAAGGUUAAAAGGUUCACUGCGCAACCUCCGAAUGGCCUUUCACCCAGAAACACACAGACACAAGGCCCAGUCGCUUGAUUUAGAACACAUGCACGUCACCCAGCAGACACUGGAACACGCUUAAAUUAGAAGGACCUCAUGGAA